CUCCUUAUAUUCAAGUUUCGCGGCAACGCCUCAUUCUUUAUCUCUUCAUAAAGUUUUGAUUUUUUUUUUUUAAUUUUUUGCUUUUUACUUUCCCCGAAAUUCUUCCUCUCUGUUCGUGUGAUCGAAUGAUUUUCUAAUUCGGCCACAGAUCGCGCGAGGUUCAAAAGAGACGCUAGAAAAGUUUCUUGAUGGCCCCAACGAGAAAAUCUAGAAGUGUGAAUAAGCGAUAUGCAGAUGAGGUGUCUCCUGUGAAAGAUAUCAGCAGUUCAAGCAGAAGUAAGCAAAAGAAAUUGUCUGAUAAAUUAGGACCUCAAUGGAGAAAGGGGGAGCUUCAACGUUUUUAUGAAGCUUAUCGAAAUUAUGGGAAAGACUGGAAAAAGGUGGCUGCUCAAGUUCGUAACAGAUCAGUUGAAAUGGUGGAGGCCCUCUUCAAUAUGAAUCGGGCAUACUUGUCCCUGCCAGAGGGAACAGCAUCCGUGGUUGGCCUUAUUGCAAUGAUGACAGAUCACUAUAAUAUCCUGGAAGGGAGUGAUGGUGAGCGAGAGAACAAUGAUGCUUCUAGCAUGCCACAAAAAUCUCAGAAACGCAAGUAUGGGAAACAUCAGCUAAGUGCUUCGAAAGAAGAUGGUUUAAUGUCCUGGCCAAUGGCAUCAACUGAUGGAUGCCUAUCAUUUUUGAAGAGAGCCCACUUAGACGGUAAUCAGCCUCGUGCAGUGAAGAAAAGGACACCUCGUGUCCCGGUUUCAUAUUCCUAUAAGAAAGAUGAUAGAAUCAAUUAUACUUCACUGAAUGACAAAAAGCGGGAGUCAGAAGUUGAUGCUAAUGAUGUUGAGGUUGAACACGUGGCAGCAUUGGCAUUAACUGAGGCAUCACAAAGGGGAGGAUCUCCACAAGUUUCUCAGACACCAUACAGAACAACAGAGCAUGGAAAAUCCUCACCAGUUCUGAGCUGGGAUAAAACGUUUCCAAAGCUGGAGACAGCUUAUGCCAAAGUCCAUGAUGUUUCUCCAUCUGAAGACAGAUCUCAGGGUAGAACAGGAAGUGAGAAGCCUGAAAAUGGUUUUUCUGCUGGAGAUAAAGGUUCAAUGCAUAUGGAAGGUGUUGGUACAGUUGAAGUUCACCGAAAGGGGAAAAAGAUCUACAGAAAGAGAAUGAAAGUUGAAGAGGUCAGAAACAGUCUGUCUGAUGAUGGAGCUGAAGCAUGUAGUGGUACUGAAGAAGGAAUGAAUACUCCGAAGGGUAAAGAUGACCCAGAGGUUUUAAAUGCAAAAGAUGAGCGAUUCCCUCGAAGGGGUCAGAGGAAGAAGAAAGGGAAUCUUUUCUUUGGAGAUGAAAAGUCCUCCUUGGAUGCUCUGCAAACGUUGGCUGAUUUAUCCUUAAUGUUCCCAGACUCUAAAAUGGAAUCUGAAUCAUCGGCACACUUGAAGGAAGAAAGAACUGUAACUGAUAUGGAUGACAAGUCUAGUGCUCCUGAAGCUACAUCUACUAGUUAUCCUAAUAAACUUCCUGGACCUAAUGAGAAGGUGCUGAGAACUGUUACUGUAGUUGAAGGUCUUAGCCCAAGAAUUUCUAAACGUGGACGAUACUCAGAUAUUGAUGUUGAAAAUGUCAGAGAGGCGGAAGAACAGCCUGAAUCUCCAAGUAAUUCAAUGAAAAAAAGGCGCAAACCUAUUCUCACAAAAAAGUUAGCAAAUGCUGAAGCUCUUACAAAUUCUCAUUUGAAUAGAACUAUGGAAAGGAAGGCCUCAUCUGGAGGAGAGAGUAAAAUUUCUGUAAAAGGUAAGCAGACCAACCAAUAUUCUGCUCAGUCAAAACAAUGGAAACCAGGUCAAGUGUUGGAAGGUUCUUCUGUUAAUAGUGAUCACAAAAGAGCGAGGAUAGAUAUAGUGGCACCAACCGUACAACUUCCUGCUGUAAGCCAAGGUAGUAAGCAAAGUAGACAAAAGAUGCAUUUACAGAGGAAAUUUAGUUCAAAAGGGCUGACGCCUUCUGAGAGCAUAUUAAAAAAUACACCAAAUAAAUGCUUAAUCUCACAAGAAGACAAAGUGGUCUCUCUGAAGGAAAACAUUUCUUGCUGCUUGUCAUCUGAAUUGGUGCGCAGAUGGUCUACUUUUGAAUGGUUCUACAGUGCAAUUGAUUACCCUUGGUUUGCUAAUAGGGAGUUUGUGGAGUAUUUGAAUCAUGUUGGACUAGGGCACAUUCCAAGACUUACACGUGUGGAAUUGGGUGUCAUAAGAAGUUCCCUUGGCAAACCUCGGAGGUUUUCUGAAUGCUUUCUGCAUGAUGAAAGAGAGAAACUUAAACAUUAUCGGGAAUCAGUGAGAAAACAUUAUGCUGAACUUCGGACUGGUAUUAGGGAAGGACUUCCAAGAGAUUUACCACGCCCUUUGUCGGUUGGACAAAGAGUGAUUGCUAUUCAUCCCAAAACAAGGGAACUACAUGAUGGGAGUGUACUCACUGUUGAUCAUGACAAGUGCAGGGUUCAGUUUGAUCGUCCUGAGAUAGGAGUGGAUUUUGUCAUGGAUAUUGAUUGCAUGCCUUCAAAUGCAUUUGACAAUAUGCCAGAAGCUCUAAGGAGACAAAUUGUUGCUGCUAAUAAGCUCCCUCAACUGAAUGGAUGGUCUAAUUUUGGUGGGCCUGUAAUGAAUGCUUCAGGUGGGCAUAUGGGGAUAGCACCCCUUCCCAUGGACACUUUAGUAAAGCAGACCAAGGGUGAUACAAACUGUGCCAUUCCACAAGCAAAAUCAGUGGCUAUGGACAUUGCUAGUGCACCGCAAGCCUAUGGUCAACCUUGUACAGUGGCACAGAUCCAGGAAAGGGAAGUUGAUAUACGAGCUAUUUCUGAGCUGCACCGUUCUCUUGCUAAGAAGGAAGCAUUGUUGAUGGAACUUAGGAACACUAACAAUGACAUAAUGGAAAGCCAUAAUGGUGGAGAUAGCUCUGUAAAAGAUUCUGAUCCUCUCAGGAAACAUAUUGCCAUGGUACUUGUACAGCUAAAGGAAGCCAAUGGCCAGGCUUCUUCCGCUUUACUUCAUUUGAGACAAAGAAAUACAUACCCUGAAAGCUCCCUACAGCCUUGGCUGAAGCUCCCAGACAAUUCUAGUUGCUUAGGUAGCCUGACUAAUAGUUUUGAUAAUUUUUACGCUUCAAAAGAAUGUGGACCUGCUGUCAUCGAAAUAGUCAGAGGGUCAAGACUAAAAGCACAUACAAUGGUAGAUUCUGCUAUCAAGGCAAUGUCAUCAAGAAAGGAAGGGGAAGAUGCUUAUAUUAGGAUUGGAGAAGCUUUAGACCGUUUAGAUAAAAGGCAUUUGAUAUCUGACUCUGGAGUACAAAUCAGGUCUCCAGAGCAGGUCAAUGGCACUUUGAGUCAUCACAAUCAGUUUGUUACCAGCACAGCAGAGUUGUCUAACAAAAACGAGACCCAAAUUCCCUCGGAGCUUAUCACUUCAUGCGUCGCAACAAUGUUCAUGAUACAGACAUGUACUGAACGACAAUAUCCUCCGGCAGAUGUGGCUCAGAUAAUUGAGUCUGCCGUGUCAAGCUUGCAUCCGUGCUGCCCUCAGAACCUUCCCAUUUACAGGGAGAUAGAAAUGUGCAUGGGACGGAUUAAGAUGCAAAUACUGGCUCUAAUACCAACUUGAAAUCUUCCCUGUCCGUCCCAACCGUCACGUAAAUAUGUUGGUUAAAUUUUGAUUUAGGGUUUAGUUUAGAGUUUAGCUAGUAGUUUUUGUUUUAACUAAUUCAAUUAGCAGUUAGCCAUGGUUAGUAUUAUCCCUUAAGAUCAUGCCUCGAAAGUAUUUAAAUUGGCUUUUAUUUUUUCUUUUUGCCUCCCAUUUAUUCUUUGUAAUGAGCAGUUGUUGCAAUUCAUUUAUAUCUCAUUCAGAAUCAGGAGAUUAA